CGGAAAAUGGCCCCUGGUUUCUCUCUCUCUGCCCAUAAAGAAUCGAAGUUGACAAAUCCGCCUCCAUUUAUAUAUGCACCGUUAUCUUCAUCCCUUUCGUUAAUCCCAACACUGUUUCUCAUCUCCCUUUCCGGCGGCGCAUUGUUUCUCAGGCGUUUCCGACGUAGAAUUCGUCAGUCCGCUUACGUAUUCUGCAGCAAUCUGCUUUUGGAACUCCCCUAAUCGCACUGUUUUUCAGCAGUUACAACUGUUGUUCUUCGUCUCGUGCCCUGUUAUCGAGAACCCAGAUCGAAAUUUCGGUUCUUUCUUCGAUUUUCUGCGACACCCGUAUCGUAUGAAGCCUGAGUUUUUCAGGGGAUUUAGGGUUUUUUGAAGUUUUUGUUCGGCGAAUUCGCAAUCUGAAGGUGAAUGGGGAUUGGGACAGGACUGGCUGGUCGAGUAGAGAAGGAACUCUCGGAGCUUCCGAGGAAAACGAUUCCGAAUUCCAAUGCGGAGAUUCCGGUGAUCAACUCCGCCGCAACCGCCCUUUCCGCUCCGGCGAAUCCGAAGAAUUCGCGUAAGAAGCUUCGACGGCGGAGCAAGAAGACGGCGGUUUCUCCAGUUCAGAGGUUGUUCAACACUUGCAAAGAAGUGUUCGCCAAUGGCGAACCCGGAAUCGUCCCCUCACCGGAGAACAUUGAACGACUACGAGCUGUUUUGGAUGAGAUCAAACCUGAAGAUGUUGGGGUGAACCCUCAAAUGCCAUAUUUCCGUGCCAAAGCCGGAGGACGAACUCCGAUAGUUACUUACCUACACAUCUACGAAUGCGAAAAGUUCUCGAUGGGAAUCUUCUGCUUACCCCCUUCAGGUGUCAUCCCUCUGCACAACCAUCCAGGAAUGACGGUUUUCAGCAAGCUUCUCUUCGGCACAAUGCACAUCAAGUCCUAUGAUUGGGUCAUCGACGCUCCCCAUCCUAGCGAGGAUACCCGAUUAGCCAAAGUGAAAGUGAACUCCGACUUUGUAGCCCCCUGUGAUUCGUCCAUCCUCUACCCAGCAGAUGGAGGGAACAUGCAUUGCUUCACAGCACAGACGGCCUGUGCCGUUCUUGACGUUCUCGGCCCUCCGUACAACGACCCGGCUGGGCGCCACUGCACUUACUACUUCGAUUACCCGUUCUGCCAUUUCAAAGUGGAAGGGAUAGAGGUGGUGGGGGGAGAGGAGAGGGAAGGUUACGCAUGGCUGAAGGAAAGGGAGGAGAAGCCAGAGGAUUUGACCGUUGUGGCGAUGAUGUACAGUGGACCGGCCAUCAAGGAUGAAUGAGAGACAAGUGUUCCUACUUGCUUUGAAUUGUCGUUUUGCUCUUCUUUCUUCUUCUUUUUUAGGGUUUUUCUUUUGUUUUGGGGAAGGAGAUAAAAAGGAAAGGGAACAAAAAUGUUGUGUUAUUUGGGUUUUGUGUAUAUAAAAGCGGCAACUCAGAGAACGAGAGAGGCAUUUGCCUUUGUAAGUGGAACGAAAAAGGACUUAGUGAUAGAAAAUAGGGAUGGACGUUUCGCCUUUUGGUUUAGUAUUCAGACGAUUUGGUUCAAAAAUGAUA